ACAUACAUACAUGGAAGGAUUGUAGUGAGACGAUAUCGUUAUCUCCGUUUUCAGAACUUCAAAAAACUCAUACUUUCUUUGUUUCUUUUUUCCACCUUCACCAUGAAAUGAAAUGCAAGAGCUUGUGUUCUUGUAAAUGAGAAGAUUGAAUGGCUGCUUCUACGUUCUGUAACCUCACGCAUGCUUCUCUUUUCCUUAACAACCAACUUACCUACUUCAAAAGGUGUCAUUUAGUUUCCAAAAGGUCUAAAUGUAGUAGUACUUGUAUGGAAAAAGUCUUACAUAGGAGAUUUCAACUUCAAACAAGACAACACUACCACCUACAUGUGUGUUGUGCAGGAGAAGCGGAAUUGUCCUCUUCUUCUGGCUUUGAAGAUGUUGGUCAGGAGGACAUUUCAAUGGAAACAUUGAUUUGGAGGGCUAUCAAGUUGCCCAUUUACUCUGUUGCUUUGGUCCCUCUCACUGUAGGAAGUGCAGCAGCUUAUUUACAUACAGGGAUCUUCUCAGCUAAAUGCUAUUUUGUUCUCUUGGCUUCUUCGGUUCUUGUUAUCACCUGGCUCAACUUAAGCAACGAUGUUUAUGAUUUUGACACUGGAGUUGACAAGAACAAAAAGGAAUCAGUUGUAAACAUGGUCGGAAGCCGUACAGGAAUCUUUGUUGUUGCUUACUUGUGCCUUGCUCUUGGCUUCAUUGGCCUGACUUGGGCCGCUGUUGAGGCAGGAAACCUGCGUUCGGUGUUGUUCCUUUCAUGUGCAAUUAUUUGUGGCUAUAUAUAUCAGUGUCCACCAUUUCGGUUAAGCUAUCAGGGACUGGGAGAGCCAUUGUGUUUUGCAGCAUUUGGUCCUUUUGCCACUACUGCUUUUUAUUUAGUACAAGGCAGUGCAAGUAGCGUGACGAACCGUUUCCCAUUGAGUGGAACAGUUUUUUCAGCAUCAAUCCUUGUUGGCUUCACAACAUCUCUUAUCCUUUUUUGCAGUCAUUUCCAUCAGGUUGAUGGAGACAAAGAAGUCGGAAAAUUAUCGCCUUUGGUUAGACUUGGCACUGAAAGAGGUGCAGAGGUAGUGAAGGUGGCAAUCUUUAUGCUCUAUGCUCUUUUGGUUGCCUUUGGUCUAAGCAGAACACUUCCUCUCACUUGUAUUUUCCUUUGUGCAUUGACAUUACCGGUCGGAAACCUGGUAGUUAGAUUUGUCCAAGACAAUCACAAGGAUAAAAACAAGAUCUUCAUGGCCAAGUACUUUUGUGUGAGGUUGCAUGCUUUGUUUGGUACUGCACUGGCUUUUGGGUUGGUAUUGGCUAGAAUGGUUAAUAACAGGAUACUACUCAGAUGAGGAUAGAGUUUUGGUAAAAGGAAAUCAUAUGAAGCAAGAAUUUUGCUCAAGAGAAUCAACGACGCGAACCUAUGUGGCGCAAGAGCUAUAUGUUUUGUAUCAUGAACAAAAUAUGUCAUCAAACUUUAGCAAUAAUUGUAUAAAAAUAGGAUUAUUUUUAAAUUUUUCAUAAUGUCUAUCUAUUUUUUAUUAAUGUGGGAGACAAGAAUUAGAAAAUGUUGAGUGAAAAUAGGGUCAUUUUGACCGGUUCUCCGUUCUUAAAAAUUCACCUCUCAGUUUAUCAGA